AUGCCUUUAGAGACGCGAACUCAGGAUUACAGUACUGCAACGCAAGGAAGUGUAUUCCUCAUCACAUCUGAUGGUCGCACUCUUCAGUUGCCAAUUCCGUCCCAAUCCCAGCACGACCCAUUGACGUGGAGCAAAUGGAAGCGGUUUCGUGCGUUGUGUGCAAUAUCUGUCUUCACGGUCGUCGGCUUGGUACAAGUCCAAGGCACGAGCUUGUUGUUAGAUGAACUAGAGCAUGAGUACAACGCAGUGGAAAUUGCUCCACUACGAGUCGAUACUUUAUCCUCGGUUCCGUGUAUCUUCUGGGGCAUCGGCGCCUUAACCUGGGUUCCACUUUCACUAGUCAUUGGACGAAGACCAGUCUUUUUGAUAUGCACAAUACUCCUUACCUUUUCCACAUACCUAGCCGCGGUCUCUCAAACAUUCUAUGUACACCUACUAGCACGUUGCCUCCAAGGAACAGCUGGAGCAAUAUCUCCAAGUACUAUGAUACUCACAGUCAUCGAGAUGAACUUCAUUCACCAAAGACCCAGAUAUAUCGCUUCUUUCUGGUGUCUCACUACCGUGUUCUCGAAUGUUGGUCUCGCGGUGACUCCUUAUAUCCUUUCCUUAGGGACAUGGCGAUCAUUCUAUUGGAUCUGGCUUGGUCCUUGCGCCCUCACCAUUUUCCUCGCACUCUUUUGGUCUCCAGAGACAUAUUUUGAGCGACCUGCCAUGGCAUUUGACGGUCACAUAUUAUCUCAAGCAGAAAAUGGCAGAGUCAAAGUUUACAGCAAAUGGGAAGAUGUUCCGGGUGGGAAGCCCAUGCCAGACACUCCCCAUACCUGGAAGACCUCAAAUAUCAUCAAGAACAUCAUAUUUUGGAAUCGAACAAAGAUGGGAGGUUGGCCAGCAAUGAAGGCAUUCCCUCGACAACUCAUCAUAUGCUUGUUCAAUCCGCUGAUAUUUUGGGUAUUGAUUCUCAAUGCCUUCAUUUUCGGCAGCAUGGUUGUAACGUUGGCCACCUACGUCGAAGUUCUCAUGGCUCCACCUUAUAACUUCUCCUUCAACGCAAUUGGUCUUGUGAAAUUCAGUCCCGCAAUAGGCGCUCUCGUAGCCUUUCCCGUAUCCGGAUUUUUGACGAGCUGGAUGGUACAACGCCUCGCCAGGGGGAACAAAGGAGUUCGCGAGCCCGAACACUAUCUUCCGUCUUUCAUCGUUCCAGUUCUUACCAGUUCAAGCAGCCUAUGCUUAUUCGGAGUUGCAAUGGAUCGGCACUGGAGCUCAAUAUGGAUUCUUGUCCUGGUUGGCGUCAACUAUUUCAGUGCGAUCUCGAUCUUCACUGCGAACACUCUCUGGGUCACUGAGGCAUUUCCGCGAUGGGCUGCACCUGCAAUUGUCGUCGUUGGAGCAGGAGGUUAUGCUGUGAGCUUUGGACUGAGCACUGGUAUUUUCGGCUGGAUUCAAUCUCAAGGUUUAAGUGCAACAUACAUUGAGCUUGGUAUGGUCACCUUCGCUGUUGGAUUGGUUGGCUUGCCGAUCAACUUUUGGGGAAAGCAAUGUAGACAAUACAUUUACAAGAGGUGGGGUGACAAUGAUGACCAGUGAUGAUCACGCAGGGCAAGGAUCUCACUCUAGCAACAUUUUGGCGAUCCACACUUUGCAGCCAAUUCAUAUCUUCUCCUCGUCCAAAUCCAAGCUUUCCUGUUGUACAUUAGAAUACUUUGAAGGGGCCAGAUUCUGGUAGAGCACAGACGAAAUUUGUUUGUAUUCUACGGCUAUACCCCGCUACUGUAUAUAUGUACUUUCCAAACCUAGAAUCGAGC